UGAUUUGACCUCUGAUCAGUCAGAGGUAAGUGUUUGGUGCCUCACUUUCCAUAGCUCUUAUGUUUUGCUAGAAUGUAACGGUGCAGCGUAAGUAUGCACGGAUGAAGAGCGCUCUAGAAGAUGCCACUUGCCAUGAAAGGGAGGCUCAGUAGUCCUGCAGAAUAAGUCGAGGUAUACCAUUUUAUGUAUUUGUAGUGACCCCCACGCCCGUCCAGUCUUCUCUUCUCCCCACACCGCGCCCUCUUGAUCAGACACGCGCCAUUCCCAGAUGUUGUCUUGAUGCUUGUCGUAGUUUAACGCACACAGCAAAUGUGUAGAUUUUGAAUAAUUCGCUGGCCGUACCGGUCACUUUAAGGAGGCGCAAUUCUAUUUUAAAGGAAAAAAAUGAUUAUAAAAAAAAAAAAUCUGGAUGGCGUUAAAAAACAAACAAAAAAAAGUCUAAAGAUGUGUCAUUGUGAGAUGUUUGGAGUCUUUGCCUUCCAUACUAAUGCAGUCUGUUCUCGAGAGCCUCGUAGCAUUGGAUUGAUGGAAGUGUAGGGUUUAUGAAUAAAUUCACCACCUCUCUGCCAUACCUCACUCAGCGUUGGCGUUGUAAGCGGGCCCCUGAAAAUGCCAAAUUAAAAAUCAAGGAUUCAGUCAUACUAAUCAGGUACUCUUGACAGGUACUCCUUUCUCUACCAAAAUCCAUGUUUUGAAUGAUGUUGCGUGCUAGCAUAAGCUUAAUAUACAUUUUUUAUUUUUUUUGUGUAUUUUUAUUUUUUUUGUCUUUGUCUACAAAGCAAAGUCACGAAUUGUGUAUAUUUUUUUUUAUUUUUAUUCUAUUUCUUUUACAUGUUAGACUUGUUGUUUCUGACAGUUUUAACAGUUUGGAAAUUUUCUUUCGACUGUGUCUAGGGAUGCAGUGAUGUCAUUUAUACAAAAUUCUAUUAACGAUUUUAAAUGCAAAUCUGUGCUCGCUAUAAAUGGGCCAUGUUACAUUCAGUGCAAGCUUUUACCGAGGUAUGUCUUUACAUUUUUCCUACCAAGUAGGAGAACGUUGCGUUCUGUUACCCAGGCAGUGUCAUUGGCUUUGACGGAAAAAGCGGAGAUUUCCAAAGUCGUUUCCUUUUUUUGAGACGAAUCCCUUUUUCUGCUCUAUAUGACUUUGCAUGAAGGUUGUUAGGGUUUGGGGGACAGCGCUAGACCCAGAUUAGACCGUUUUGCCUUCAAUGAGAUUUUUUUUAUUUUUUAUUAUUGGCGAUUAAUUGUUUUCUUUUAUUUUUUUUUUAUUUCUCUGCGCAUUUUACCAGAUAGGACGUCGUGCUGAAGACGAAGAGCCGACCCUUCUCUCUCUCUCUCUCUCCACCCGUCCCCUCCCAAGAUGUCUUAAUUGAAGAUCUACUUUAUAUGAGGACAAGCUGUACCCCACAUGAGGUACUCCCAUGCCGGCUUAUGUCCUAACGAAAUGAAUCCAAACUUAUGGGUGGAUGCUCAGAGCACCUGUCAAAGAGAGUGCGAAGCCGAUCAAGAAUGUGACCCUCAUGAAAAAUGUUGUCCUAAUGUCUGUGGAACCAAGAGCUGUGUGGCAGCUCGAUACAUGGAUGCGAAGGGAAGGAAAGGACCUGUGGGGAUGCCCAAACAGGCUACCUGUGACCUCUUCAUGUGCAUUCAGCAGGGUUCUCAGUGUGACAUUUGGGAUGGGCAACCCAUCUGCAAAUGCAAAGAUAGAUGUGAGAGGGAACCAAGUUUUACCUGCGCCUCCGACGGGCUCACCUACUAUAACAAGUGCUUUAUGGAUGCGGAAGCUUGCGCCAAGGGAAUCUCUUUAACCGUAGUCACUUGCAAAUAUCACCUCACCUGGCCGCACACCAGUCCUCUUCCAUCAGAGACAACAGCCAACCCAACCAUCCCAUCAGCUGAAACAGCCAUUGUAAACUUGGUUCCUCCAGUUCUGGUGAACAACCCUACUCACAAGACUGUCAACGUUGGGGACACUGUCAGCUUUCAUUGCGAUGUUACUGGAAAACCUAAACCAGAAAUAACAUGGGAAAAGGAAGGAAAGGAAAACCUAGUCAUGCGGCCCAACCAUGUGGUUGCGAACAUAGUGGUCACCAACAUUGCCCAGCUAGUUAUCUAUAAUACGCAACUACAAGACACCGGAGUCUACAUAUGUACAGCCAAAAACAGUGGUGGCAUCAUCAAGAUCAACUUCCCCUUGUCCGUCAAAGAGGAACCUGCCAAGGAAAAGUCAGGAAAUCAAACUUUUUUUCCAACUGAUGAGUGCCUAAAGCCCCCGGACAGUGAAGACUGCGGGGAAGAGCAGACACGAUGGUAUUUCGAUGCCAAGAAAAAUAAUUGUUUUAUCUUUGUUUAUGGCAAUUGCAACAGUAACAGGAAUCAUUUUGAGACCUAUGAGUCAUGCAUGUUGACGUGUAUGAAUGGACCUGUCAACGUCUGUAAUUAUCCCGCCCUCCAAGGUCCAUGCAAGGCAUACGAGCCAAGAUGGGCAUUCAACAAGCUAUUGAGCCAGUGCCAAUCUUUUAUUUACGGUGGGUGUGCUGGCAAUGAAAACAACUUUGAAAGCAAAGAAUUGUGUGAGGAAUCCUGCCCGUUCCCCAAAAACCAGAAGUGCAAAAUCUGCAAGCCUCGGCAGAAGCUGGUCACUAGCUUCUGUAAAAGUGACUUUGCCAUCCUCGGACGUAUAGUAGAGUUGACAGAAGAGCAAGAAUCUGGACUUGCUCUUGUUUCGGUGGAAGAAAUCCUAAAGGAUGAGAAAAUGGGACUGAAAUUUUUGGGAAAGCAACCACUUGAAAUCACUCUUCUCAACAUGGACUGGAGUUGUCCAUGCCCCAAUGUCACCACUGUCAGUGGACAGCUCAUAAUCAUGGGUGAUGCACAUAAUGGUAUGGCAGUCCUACAGCCACACAGCUUUGUCGGCAUGUCAAGUGCCCGUCGUGUGCGAAAACUUCGAGAAGUCAUCCACAAUAAAACUUGUGACCUCCUGAAAGAAAUUUUAGGGCAGCCAUGAUAUAUUGAUGAUCAUAGAGCACGUAUAAUAAUUAAAGGAGUGUAUUUUUCUGAAAUUACUAAUAUGUCAACUUUUAAUUAAAG